AAGCAAAAGCUCAAAAUCCAACAUAAGCUUUCAUCCGGAAUUUCGACCAUUGAUUUGAGUCUUCUUCCCUCAGAUCCCCAUAUCAGAGAAUUAUGCGUCACCUCUAUAGACAUUUCAGCUGCCGCUUCCUUCAUUGAAAGGCGUCGUUUACGUCCUGUCCUUUUGGCUACUGGACUCAAUCGCACCCAGAAGGCAUUAUUCCACAAAGUAUCGAAUAUGCUCCAUGCUCACGUGGCUGUCGAUAUGUCACUAGAAGUAACUCAUGUUAUUACCGGCUCCCCGCAUUCCAGCUUGAAAUCUGAUGCUCUCAUGAUUAAGCCUCAAGUCCCACCGCCUUCUGGCCUCAGUACGACCGAAGGAAUCGGUGACACCACAACUACAACCAUGGACCUCACCACAUGUCCACGGACUCUCAAAUUCCUUUCUGCUGUUCUACAGGUUAGUAGGUUGUUACCAUUAGCUAUUUUACUUUUGUCUUUAUAUAGAUAA